UUACCUUUGAACGUGAAACCUUUGAUUUUUUAUUUUAUUUUAUUUUAUUUUUUUGCAUAAGUUGUUAUUGAUAUGAUGUUAUAUUUCUACUUUACUUUUUUGAUUGAUAUUAUGCAUUAUUGUUGUGGAAUGAGUAUUACCAUAAUCGCUGCAUUUUAACGCUCUCUUGCGAUUGUUUGAGUUGUAUUUGUUGAUUUUGUUUCUUAUCAGCCUGUGUUGCGUGUUGCAUAUUGACGUUCAAGAUAAUCGCGUCGUAUUGUGCUUUAUCUUGUAUGCUUUUCAAUUUAGAUGGCUAUGACCAUUAUUCUUAAGAAAGAUAACAAAGUUAUAUGCUCCACGAAGUGCCUAGACCCGCCGAUUAGGCUGCCAAAAGAUUUGAGCAUCGCUUCUGUAGUUUCAACAGAGAAGGUAUCUAGUCUUUCUAGAUUGCCACGAUUUUCACUAACUCCGGCACCAGAUAAUUCACAGGAAAAGGGUGAAUGGGGUAGAUUUUUGGAUUUCCUGCACGAAUAUAAUAGGGUUGCCGUUAUAAAUUUUGAGCAGCACAAGUUUUACAUUCUACCUCCUGCUAUAGCUUCAACAUCUAGCCCAAUCAAUGUUGCAUAUCAUAUAGAUAAUACAUUCUCUGUUGAUACUCUUCCAAGGGAUUGUGAAUCUGCAGCUUCACACUUAGAGGAAUGUGGUGGACCAAAUACUGUUGAAGAUCUUAAGCUUCCUCGACCUGAAGACCAUGCUUAUCAUUUUACAGCUGAAACUUCUAGUGAAUUGCAUUCUUUGCUCUCUCUGAAAAAUUCCAUACGGGUUGAUCCAAGUUACCUUAAAACUCUUGGUCAAGUUCAUUCUGGAUGGAUUUUUGGUGGAAUAGCUGAGCUUGUUGAUAAUUCCAGGGAUGCCAAAACAACUAAGAUGGACAUUUUUGUAGAUAUGAUCAAGUUGAAAUCUGGGCAGGAUGUCCCUAUGUUAUCAGUUAUUGAUAAUGGUCAAGGGAUGAAUCAUGACGAGGUUAUGAAAAUGGUAUCUUGUGGGCACAAACAGUCUGAUAAAGAUGACAAGGAUCAUAUUGGCAAAUUUGGUGUUGGAUUCAAAACAGGAGCAAUGAGGCUCGGGAGAGAUGUUCUGGUUCUAACACAGACAACCAACUCUAGAUCUCUAGCUUUUAUUUCACAAUCAUUGAAUGCAGGCAAAGAUAAUAUUGAAAUUCCCGUUAUUAGUUAUUGUCGACAAGGACAGCGUAUGGAAGUUGACAUAAAUAUGCAGUCUGAAGCUUUAGCAAAAUACAAUUUGAAAGCAAUUAAGGAAUUUUCACCAUUUAAUAAGUAUCUUAUUGGUGAAAAGGCAGCCUUGUUUGGUGAGGGUACAGGAACACAGAUAUACAUAUGGAACUUGGAAAAAUGGGGAUCAAGAUAUUGUUUAGAAUGGCAUGAUGGAUUAAAAGGUGGGAGUUCUUUUCACCAAGGUGACAUUGUAAUCCGCAGCAAAAGAUGUCGUUCUCGUAUAGGCCAGAUUAGUCAAAAGGUUCCAUUGGAUUACUCAUUACGAGCUUAUUUAGAAGUUAUAUUCUUAGUUCCUCGAAUGAAGAUAAGUGUACAAGGGGCACUGGUUAAAAGCAGACCACUAGCAAAUUUUCUGACUCACACUGUUAUUGAAACUGGUGAGAUAUUGGGAAGUCCUAUUCAAUUAAUUUUGGGAUUUAGUCAACUAGAGUGGGAGCAGGCAAACUGUGGAAUAUUUUUAUAUUGGCAUGGUCGCUUAAUUGAGGCUUACAAGAGAGUUGGUGGCAUGAUUCAUAAUGCAGAUGUGGGCCGUGGUGUAAUUGGUGUCGUAGAUGUAACCACUUUAAUGGAUGGUCAGGAUGGUCAUGUGUGGGUGCAUAAUAACAAACAGGGUUUCCAAGAUUGUGAACCAUAUGCAUGUCUUGAGGAGUGGCUGGGUAGAAAAGCUGAUGAAUUCUGGGACAAUAAUUUUGAUUCACUUAAGUUGGACAAAGAUAAUUGUGUCUUCAAACCUGAUUGUGAGUGGGUACAAUGUGACAAGUGCAGAAAGUGGAGAGUAUUACCUUCUGACUUUGACAGUAGAAAAUUACCUAUGCAAUGGUUUUGUUAUAUGGUGCCUUUCAAAGGACAAUGUGCAGAUGCUGAACAGAAGAUGGAGGAUGGCGUGGUAAAUGUUUCCACAAUGCGGUCGGGUUAUGACUGCAUGCUGAAGGAUUCUGAUUGUAAAAAGAUUGAAGUUGUUAUUAAAACCACUACUGGGACAGAUGACAAAUUAGUCAAUUCUGAGGAUGUCAGAUUGCCAUCCCUUAAGCGGUUGAGAGGGCUACGAAGAUAGGAAGAUGAUAGAUCAUCCGAUAAGAAUUUGUUUGGGUACAAAUUAAAAGUGUUUUUGAAAUUUUUUUUAUUAAAAAUAAAAAAUAUUUUUCAAUAAAAAACUUUCAAAAACUUUUCAAACUCAUCCAAAUAGAUUCUAAGUACACAACAUAAUCCUUUUUCUUUUGGAGGGGCGUGGAGAAUCAUAGCAAAAUUUUGUUCAGGUUGAUCAUAUGGAUUAAUAGAUUUGUCUCAAAUUUUUCAGUCAAGUAUUGGUUAAAGGUCGCAAUAUUCUCCGUGCUCUCAAGUUCGGGUUUUAACGGCUGAAAACAUUUUGGAGGCCGCUGUUGCAGUAAUUUUCCGCUAGUGAUGUCUUAGUUUUUGAAGGUCUGCCAAAUGCAUUAUGUAAAUAAUGUUACCAACAUGUAAUGUAUUUUUCUUUGGGUGAAUGCUACCAACAUGUAUUUUUGUUGUUUUUUUUUUUGAUGAAUUUACUAUGCUGUAAAUGAUGCACGCAAAUCUUUCCCUCUUUUUCAAAAAGUAUAAGUCGCUCCCCCUUUAUUUCC